AAGCUGCAAUAAACACAGGGCGUCUGCGCCUAUCUAAGUAGGACAAUAAAGUGAUAACGGUAUCAAUGCUGUAACAAUGGAUUUGUCAGAUAUGGUUCUCUUUAAAGUGUUCCUCUUCGUAUACUUACUAAAUUACACCCAAGGUCACUACGGGAAUCCACUGAGCAAGUAUAUCCGUCACUAUGAGGGUCUGUCCUACGACACAGAGUUAGUGCACAGCAAACACCAGAGAGCCAAGAGGGCACUCUCCCAUGAAGACAAGUUCCUUCAUUUAGAUUUCCAUGCCCAUGGAAGGCAUUUUAAUUUACGGAUGAAGAGAGAGACCACUUUAUUCGCCCAAGAUUUGAAGGUGGACGUUUCGGGAGAAGAGAUUCCUUAUGAUACCUCCCAUAUCUACACAGGAGAAGUCUAUGGUGAGAAAGGCACGGUCACCCACGGCUCUGUAGUGGAUGGCAAGUUUGAGGGCUUCAUCCAGACCUACCACGGCACCUACUACGUGGAGCCUGCGGAGAGAUACCUGAAAGACAAAGAUGUGCCGUUCCACUCUGUCAUCUACCAUGAAGAUGAUAUCAACUACCCGCACAAGUAUGGGCCAGAGGGAGGCUGUGCUGACCACUCAGUGUUUGAACGGAUGAAGAAGUACCAGUCCUCUGCCAUUGAGGAGCCAACCAAGGAGCUCCACACUGAGGAGGCCGAGGCAGACGCUAAUGAUCCUGUGCUGCUGAGGAAGAAGAGGAUGACCCAGGUGGAGAAAAACACCUGCCAGCUGUUCAUUCAGACUGAUCACCUCUUCUACAAGUACUACAAGACCAGAGAGGCUGUGAUUGCACAGAUCUCCAGUCAUGUCAAAGCUAUUGAUGCCAUCUAUCAGGGUACAGACUUCAUGGGCAUUCGCAACAUCAGUUUCAUGGUGAAAAGGAUCAGGAUCAACACGACCAGCGAUGAGAGGGAUCGCUCCAACCCGUUCCGCUUCGCCAACAUCGGGGUGGAGAAGUUCUUGGAGCUUAACUCGGAGCAGAACCAUGAUGACUACUGCCUGGCCUAUGUCUUCACCGACAGAGAUUUUGAUGACGGGGUGCUGGGUUUGGCCUGGGUGGGAGCCCCUGCAGGGAGCUCUGGAGGAAUCUGUGAGAAAAGCAAGUUGUACUCAGAUGGAAAGAAGAAGUCUCUGAAUACUGGUAUAAUCACUGUACAGAACUACGCCUCCCACGUUCCUCCAAAAGUCUCCCACAUCACUUUUGCACAUGAAGUAGGCCACAACUUUGGAUCCCCGCACGACUCUGGAUCUGAGUGUACCCCAGGGGAAUCCAAGAGCCAAGACAAGAAGGAGAAGGGCAAUUACAUCAUGUAUGCCAGAGCGACGUCAGGAGACAAGCUCAACAACAACAAGUUCUCCAUCUGUAGUGUGCGCAACAUCAGCCAGGUGCUGGAGAAAAAGAGAGGCAACUGUUUUGUCGAGUCUGGCCAGCCCAUCUGUGGUAAUGGCUUGGUGGAGCCAGGAGAGGAGUGUGACUGCGGCUACAGCGAUCAGUGCAGGGACCAAUGCUGUUAUGAUGCCAACCAGCCUGAUAACAGGAAGUGCAAAUUAAAGCCCAACAAAGUCUGCAGUCCCAGCCAGGGCCCUUGUUGUACUGCUGAGUGCACUUACAAGGGUCGUAAUGAAAAGUGCAGAGAGGAGUCAGAGUGCGCUCACCAGGGCAUGUGUAAUGGAGGCACUGCCCAGUGUCCCACCUCUGAGCCCAAGGCCAACUUCACUGCCUGCCACGGAGAGACCCAAGUCUGCCUCAACGGGGGCUGCUCCGGCUCCAUCUGUGAGAAGUACGGGCUCGAGGUUUGCACCUGUGCCAGCCAGGACGGCAAGGAUGAGACCGAGCUCUGCCAUGUGUGCUGCAUGGAGAAGAUGAAUCCCAACACGUGCAGCAGCACAGGAUCGGAGCGCCUGGCUCGGUUCUUCAACAAGAAGGUAACCACUCUGCCAGCCGGCUCGCCUUGCAACGACUUCAAGGGCUACUGUGACGUGUUCAUGAAGUGCCGUCUGGUAGACGCAGAUGGGCCCCUAGCCAGGCUAAAGAAGGCCAUCUUCAACCCUGAGCUCUAUGAGAACAUAGCAGAGUGGAUUGUGGCCCACUGGUGGGCAGUGCUGUUGAUGGGUAUCGCCCUCAUCAUGCUCAUGGCCGGCUUCAUUAAGAUCUGCAGCGUGCACACUCCCAGCAGUAACCCCAAGCUGCCCCCUCCUAAACCACUGCCAGGCACUCUGAAGAGGCGGCGAGCUCAGCAGCACGCUAACUCCCAGGUGCAGCACCAGUCCCAACACCCCCACUCCCACCAGCACGGCGGCCACGGCGGACAUGGCGGCCACGGGGGUCACGGAGGUCACGGAGGUCACGGAGGUCAUGGAGGUCAUGGGGGCCACGGUGGCCACGGCGGCCAGCGGCAACCCCAGAGGCAGCCCCAGCGGCAGGCGCAGCCCCAGCGGCACCACCGUCAGCCCAGAGAGAACUAUCAGAUGGGCCAGAUGAGACGCUGAGACCCUGGGCCCGCCCCCACCCCCACCCCCCCAAUGCCUUGGCUCCUCCUUGUGCCUACAGUGGGAACAAAAAAGCAUCACUCCAUCCAAAGAAAAGCCUAAACCUGGUUGUCAGUCAUCAUCAUAUUCUCCAUCCACAGACAGACAAAACAGACGUGUGAAAAAGAGAAAAACACUCGAUCUAGCAACUCUAUCGGCUCUUUGUGGAGUGGACUCAACCAUCAGCCAUUUCCAAUGCAGUGCGGUCUGGCAUAUUUUUUCCACCUUUUUUUUUUUCUUUUCUUUUUGUAAGGAGUGCCAAGGAGUUAAGGAAUCAUGUGUAGCUUUAGUACAUUGUGUGAUGUGUUUUUUCGUUCAAUUGCAACGUCUUCUUGAGUGACACACCCAUGGCUGCUGGUGAAUUGUUCUGUGCUUUUUCUUUCGCCAACCUAGCCAGGAAUGAGAGACACUCAGUGGGGAUUUGCGGCACUUUUGUGAUAUACACAUUUCAAAUGGCAAAAGACACAGGCUUUGGUCUCUCGUGCAGACAGUCUUCUGCAUGUGACUGUACAGAUUAAGUGUAUCAUAAGUGAAAACAAACUAUUUCUUCUACUGUAAAUGUAUAAUUCUUUACUUUUUUUUUCCUUAUAUUUUUGGUUAGUGCUCUCAGGACUCUUAACACAUAAAUGAAGGUAUCUGUUGUGAUGAGAUCCUUGGACGCUGCUGUUGAGGAUUUGAUGUCGUUCAGGUUCUCUUUACAGUCGUCCAGUCAGGUGGACCUCUUACGAUUAUGUUAGUUUGCUAGAUUUGGAAUUUGAACAACAAGGCCACCAUAUCCCACAUUUUGGCCUUCUUUGUUCAAGGUUCCUCUUUCCAUCUUUCUUUUUUUUUUUUUUUUUUUAAUUGUCUUGCUAACAUCUUGUUCCUAUCACGUCAUGUAACAAGCUACAAAUUGUAUAGAGUCAUUGGAACAGAAAGGGAAGCUCACCUAGUUUGAUACACCUUUUAAUUGUCUUUAUUGUUUUUGCUAAUGAAGAAUGAAUAACCACUAACUGAAGCUGAUGACUCUACCUGUUCAGAUAUGAAGACAAGGGGAAGUGAAGGCUGCCGUGGCUUAGUUUAGAAGUGCGAGUGUGUAAUGUUACACAGCUAGUUUACAUGGGUGUGGAAAUAAAUUUGAAAAUGACUCCCAGGUGUGGAUGUACAAAAAAAAAACAAAAAACAAAAAAAAGUAAGAUUUUAAAAUCAUUCUAUUAUUCUUCAGAUAACAAAUCUAAGAACUUUUCAAUGUGGGCAUGCAGACACAUUUAUUAAGUGUGACUAUUAAUUGACAAAAGGUCUGUAAUAUUUGUAUGUCACAACUGAUCACUUUUUUUGCUUUGACAGCUGUUAAUGUGAAGUCUUAAAACAAAUUUGGAAGGAUUGGAGGAGUAGCGCAAGGCAGUGAUGUCGCACUAUUCACUAACAUACACUGUAAUGUGUUCACAGCUCGUAUCGCAGGAGAUUAAGUGGCCGUUUGUUUUGAAAAUCCUCGUGCACUUAUCUCCUGGUCGGCAUGAUGUCUGCAGGUGCCUGUUUCUUCAUGGCCUGGAUCCCCUUAAGAGCUCACGUGAGGGUGUAGUUUACAUUAGUGUGCCAUAAAACUUUAAACUUGUAAAGCUGAUUGUUGUUAACUGCUUCGAACUUUAUAAGACAUAGGAACAGCCCAUAAGAAGCCACUUUAAAAUGGGUGAAGUCUCAGGAUUGGAGAUAUCUUUGGUGUGAGAUUGUUUGAGCUCAGGUGUUUUCUUCUUCCCUUCUCUACGUUGUAGCAUGAAGGGUAAUUUAGAAAAUGGAUCCUGUUUGUGGUAUCAACACUAACUGAAAGAAUAUGGGAAUCGUUGUGUGAUAUGUUAUAGAAAACCCUGUGGUUUUUGUUUGAGCCGAGCAAACAUUUCACCCACCAGCACGCCUCGGUGGGCAAAAGUUUGGCAGAUAACAAUAAAGCACAGGAUAUUUUUAAUAAAAGCAUGAAAUAUUAAUUUCACACCUUUCUUACAGUGCUAACUCUACCCGGCGAUCAUCAUGCACAUGGGCUCUGGAGGGGACUUGAAACUAGUGUGUGUCUCACAGUUAACGAUUUAUUUCACAUGGCAGAUGAAGUCGGCAGGUGAACGGUUGCUAUACUCCUCAUGGAGAACGUCUGUACAAAGUGGAGCUGUUUUUAAAUUUCAUCCUCUGGGCUGGAUCAUGCCUGUUAGCCUAGAAUAUUUACAUGUAAACUUGUACAGUUCUUGGAAAAAUUUGCAUUUCAUUUGAAAAUGAAAAAUUACAUUUUGAUACAUCUGUUCUUUUUUUGUAUUCUAAUUCCAGAGUAAAUUGUUCAAAGAUGUUCAUAUGUGACAAACCUUCCUCUCUUCUAAGUUAUUUAUGUUCUUAUAUGUGCUAGUUGAAAUGGGGUUUGCUUAUGAUACUUUCCUCCACCAUCAUCAAUGGUAAAAACAAUUCAGUGUGAUGGAGUUAAUGUUACAUUCUCAUUUUUGUCUUUGUUAUCCUGUGGCAUGGUUUGGGUAGACGAGCAGAAGAAUAAUGCCUGUAAAUUUACUUUCAUUUUAAUUUCGUAGUCUUGGUAAAGUUUUUAGAUAAACGUGCACUGAAAUGUCCAAAUUGAGUUGAAAUGUUGUAGGUGAUGUAGGCCGAAAGAACACAAGAUUAAAAAGUAAUACUACUGUCUGAUUUUAAUGUUCACUGUGUUUUAUACAGUAUUGGAAAUUUUUGUUCACUUUGAACAUUUUUACUAAAAAAAAUUUCAAAUUGUAUUGUGCAAAGAGAUGUAAUUUUUGGAGUACUUGAAAUGCAUUAAUUAAAAGACUCGUUCAAAAUAAACUAGACCCCUGUUUACUGUC